CAUGGCAUGAUUAGCAGUUCUGGAUCAACACUGUUUGAAGAGCUUGGACUUUACUAUAUAGGUCCCGUUGAUGGUCAUAACAUGAAUGAUCUUGUUGCCAUUCUCAAUGAAGUUAAAAAUACUGAAACAACUGGUCCCUGCGUGAUCCAUGUUGUCACUGAAAAAGGCCACGGAUACCCUUAUGCAGAAAGAGCAGCAGCCAAGUACCAUGUGGUAUCUAAGUUUGAUCCAGCAACUGGAGAACAAUUCAAGGCCAAGGCCACCACCAAGUCAUAUUCAACAUACUUUGCAGAGGCUUUGAUUGCAGAAGCAGAAGCUGACAAAGACAUUAUUGGAAUUCAUGCUGCGAUGGGAGGUGGAACUGGCAUGAAUCACUUCCUUCGUCGUUUCCCAACAAGAUGCUUUGAUGUGGGGAUAGCAGAACAGCAUGCUGUUACCUUUGCGGCAGGCUUGGCUUGUGAAGGUUUUAAGCCUUUUUGUGCAAUUAACUCAUCCUUCAUGCAGAGAGCUUAUGACCAGGUGGUGCAUGAUGUGGAUUUGCAAAAGCUGCCUGUAAGAUUUGGAAUAGACAGAGCUGGAUUAGUUGGACCAGAUGGUUGCACACACUGUGGUGCAUUUGAUGUCACUUUUAUGGCAUGCCUCCCUAACAUGGUGGUGAUGGCUCCUUCUGAUGAAGCAGAGCUUUUUCAUAUGGUUGCCACUGCAGCUGCCAUUGAUGAUCGACCCAGUUGUUUCCGAUACCCGAGAGGGAAUGGUGUUGGUGUUGAACUACCACCAGGGAAUAAAGGCAUUCCUCUUGAGAUUGGGAAAGGUAGGAUACUAAUUGAAGGGGAAAGAGUGGCUUUGUUGGGCUAUGGAUCAACUGUUCAGAGCUGUGUGGCUGCUGCUACCCUCUUGGGAGAUCUUGGCUUGCAUGCAACAGUGGUGAAUGCACGUUUCUGCAAGCCAUUGGAUCAUUCCCUAAUUCGAAGCCUUGCAAAAUCGCACGAGGUUUUGAUCACCGUGGAAGAAGGAUCAAUAGGAGGAUUUGGGUCUCAUGUUGCUCAGUUCAUGGCCCUUGAUGGCCUUCUUGAUGGAAAAUUGAAGUGGAGGCCAAUGGUUCUUCCUGAUUGUUACAUUGACCAUGGAUCACCUGCUGACCAAUUGAAUGAAGCUAGACUUACACCAUCUCACAUAGCAGCAACAGUUUUCAAUUUACUUGGACAGGCAAGAGAGGAACUAGAGGUCAUGACAAAAGAGAAAUGCAAAGAAGGGGUUCAAUUUUCAUCCCCUGAAAUGUACAAAGUAGCGUGAUUCACCUGGUGGAAGAUGCAGAUUGACACAUAAUAGUGCCUACUAGUUAGCUAGAAUCUCAAUUUUUUCCAUGGGUAUGCAAAAGCCUUUUGUGUUCUGUUAUCUGCGCUGAAAUUCAUUAACUAAUUGUGUUGUACAAAAAGUUUAGGUGGAAGGAAGGUUAGCCAAUCUAGCACAUUCGUGGGGGUAGAAUUUAUGCUCUUAGCGCAACCUUCUUCUCAUUUGACAGUGUUUCUGUUUUAUGAUGUUUUAGGGGUGACAACCCCUGGUAGUAUUAUUGCUUUGUAACUAUCCCUGGGCUUAGGCCCCUUUCAUUUUCCCAAAAAAAAAAUUGUUGACUUUACAA